AUGACAACUCGCAUCGUUCUGUUCUUGACAGCAGCCCUUCAACUGGGCACGUUUUGGGGGACUAACGGCGAGCUGGCGUCCACUGCUCCCUGCCGACCCGGCUUCUCACAAAGUUUUUACUCCGUGCUCAUUUCAAAGGAUGUACUGCAAAGCCAGAACAUUCUCAAAGAUACCACCGUGUCAUCUCAGAAAGUGAAGUUUGACGACUGUAUGGGGAGCGAUGGCGUGUUCUUCCAGAGCAGUGAUCCCAGUUUUGGCGUGCGGGCCGAUGGCUCCAUCUACGCCCAGAGACAGGAUGCCAGUCUGACAGAGCCGGUCCAGUUCAAGGUGACGGCACGCGGUCCAAACACUCAUGUGUGGGAGACUGUGAUCCAGCUGGCCCUCAUCGACCAAUCAGCAGCUCCUCCACACGGAAAUGAGAUCGUCGGAGAAAAGGAGAGGCUCCCUGACAGGAAAGAGUACAGGCAAGAGUUCCAAGCCCCGCCUUCCAUCAUCAUGUUUCCAGGGCAACGCCAGGCGAGCUCCAAUGGGCUGCGUCGACAGAAGAGGGACUGGGUGAUCCCGCCAAUCAAUGUUCCUGAAAAUUCUAGAGGACCGUUCCCCCAGAUGCUCGUCAGUAUCCGGUCGGACCAGGACCGGGACAUUUCGAUCCGGUACAGCAUCACAGGGGUGGGGGCAGACCAGCCCCCCAACGAGGUGUUCAGUAUUGACCCUGUGGCUGGGAAGAUGUUUGUUACCAAACCUCUGGACCGCGAGCAGCGCUCAUCCUACCAUCUGCGGGCCCAUGCUGUGGACAUGAACGGGAACCAGGUGGAGAACCCCAUAGACCUGUACAUCUAUGUCAUCGACAUGAACGACAACCGACCCGAGUUCAAGAACCAGGUCUACAAUGGCUCUGUGGAUGAAGGCUCCAAGCCAGGGUCGUAUGUGAUGCAUGUGUCAGCAUUUGAUGCUGAUGACAACACGACGGCUAACGGGAUGGUGCGCUACCGGAUCCUGUCCCAGACGCCCCACACCCCCAUCCCCAACAUGUUCACCAUCAACAGUGAGACCGGCGAUAUCGUUACCGUGGCAGCAGGCCUGGACCGAGAGAAAGUGUCCCAGUACAGCAUCAUUGUGCAAGCUACUGACAUGGAGGGCAACCUGAACUUUGGUCUGUCCAACACGGCCACCGCCAUCAUCACCGUCACAGACAUCAACGACAACCCCCCUGAGCUCACCUCCAGAACCUUUCCUGGAGAGGUUCCAGAGAACCGCGUGGGACUGGUGGUGGCCAACCUGACCGUCAUCGACCGUGACCAGCCUCAUACACCCAACUGGAAUGCCGUCUACAGGAUCAUCAGCGGUGACCCUACAGGUCACUUCACCGUCCACACUGACCCCGUCACUAACAACGGCAUGGUCACCGUGGUGAAGCACACAGACGUGCUCCCCAUCCACAUCCCCAUCCAACACACAGACAUCAGCCUCGUAGCGCUGAACACCCGGGGAGGGGCUGCUCGCUCGCCCCCGGCCAGCGGGACAGGCACUCUCCAGAUCUACCUGAUCGACGUCAACGACAACGCGCCCUCGCUGGUGCCCCGCGAGGCUCUGCUCUGUGAGCGCGUCAGCAGGAACUCCAACGGCGUCAACAUCACGGCGGAAGAUGCCGACCUGGACCCCAACGUAGGGCCCUUCAUCUUUGAGCUGCCCACCUUCCCGCCCAGCGUCCGGCGCAACUGGACCGUGGCCCGGCUCAGCGGGGACUAUGGUCGUCUGAGUUUGCGCUAUCAGGUGUACCUGGAGCCGGGGGUGUACGAGGUCCCUGUGAUCGUGUCUGACUCGGGGAACCCCCCCCUCUCCAACAGGUCUGUCAUCAAGGUGAAGGUGUGUCCCUGUGACAGCAACGGAGACUGCACCACACUGGGAGCUGUGAAUGUGGCCGGACUGGGCACUGGUGCCAUCAUCUCCAUACUCAUCUGUAUCAUUAUACUGCUCAUCAUUGUGCUGCUGUUUGUGAUGUGGAUGAAGAGGAGAGAGAAAGAGAGACAGACCAAGCAGCUCCUGAUCGACCCUGAGGAUGACGUCAGAGACAACAUCCUGAAGUAUGACGAGGAGGGUGGAGGAGAGGAGGACCAGGACUAUGACCUGAGCCAGCUACAGCAGCCUGACUCUCUGGACCACAUGAUCAGUAAGCCCCCGGGGGUGCGGAGGGUGGACGAGCGGCCCAUCAUCCCAGAGUCCCAGUACCCCAUCCGGCCUGUCCUACCCCACCCUGGAGACAUAGGGGACUUCAUCAACGAGGGUCUGCGGGCCGCUGACAACGACCCCACAGCCCCACCCUAUGACUCCCUGCUGGUGUUCGACUACGAGGGCAGCGGCUCCACGGCCGGCUCCGUCAGCUCCCUCAACUCCUCCAGCUCGGGAGACCAGGACUACGACUACCUCAACGACUGGGGGCCGCGCUUCAAGAAGCUGGCCGACAUGUAUGGAGGCGGAGAUGAGGAUUAACCCCUCCCGACCGCCCUCCUCCGCCCUCCGUCCCUCAGCUGGCCUGCUGUGCUCUCUGUCUCCACCCCCCACCCCCACCCACCCCAUCCUUACCCCCACGAGGGCCUUGCAUAAACACUCUCUUACAAUCACACACACCUGUCAACCGACCGACCAAUCAAAGCGCCACAGUGGACUGUGCAGUGAGGCAGCUGCCCUGUAACUGUCUGUCUGAGAACCAUGCUGGACUCAGACUGGACGCCUCUUAUUUUUGUAUUUACAACUAUGUGCUUUUUUCUUUGCAGUUUGGUAGACUUUGGGGUUGGUUUCUUUUGUGUUCUUUCUUUGGUUCUUUUAUGGGGGCUUUUUGCAGCUUUUGGUGGCCCAACUCCCUGUAGAUGAAGGUUCUGCUUCCUGAUGUUGAGUCACUCUGCCCUCAUCCUCAGCCCCCAGCCUGCCCCUCAGCAGAUAGUUGAAGCUGCCUGUCAUGAAAGGGGAAGAAAAAUAAAAGAAAAAACAAACAUGGACACCUUCCCACAUGGAAGGCAACAGUUUAGUCUCACUAUAACUUGAAAUACUGUAUUUAGAACAGAAGCACUGUUUUCUAAGAAGUGCCUUCAGUGGUGCAUUAUUUAGCAGACUCCCGCUAUCUCAGGAUUGUUUGCCAUUUUCUGGGCUAUAAAACAGCCCCAUCUUAACAGUCCUACCGCCUCAACUAAACUCCUAGUAAGAGGUGGUUAAAGAGGGCUGGGGCGUCACUGGUAGACCAGGGGGAGGAGGGCUUUCUGGAGAGACAUAAAGCUACAGAAAGUGAAUGAGGGAACUUCUGUUUGUUUCCAAUCUGGCACAUUUAAACUGCUGAUGCACAGCCAUAUUUAAAGUGAUUGUAUAAAUCACACAAAUCCAUGAAGGGACUGUGUCUUUAGACAGACUGCAUUAACGUUUUGAAGAAUAAUGCCCUUGUUCUUUUUGGCUUCAAUAGCAGCUCAGCUUGUGUCGUCAACAUUGUGUUUAAGCACACUUUCCUUUGCACAUGUAAUGUAGUACAGCUGGUUACUAUAGAAACAAAGUUGGAGGGAGGGGUGAUUUGUUUAAACGCUGAUCUGAGGAAAGAGAGUAAAUGAAAGAGGUGAUGUUACAGUCUCUUCUCUAAGAUGAAGUGAGGAGUUGCAUGAUUGUUUCCCAACUGUAAUCAACAUGGCGCUAGUUAUCCUGUCUUUUGAUUGGUUCAUGUGUUGAAGAAAACUAUAUAAACUGUACAAAUAUGGAAAAAGGUCUGUAUGAUGUAAUAUAGAUAUUUUUGAAGCAGUAGAUAACUCCAAGCAGUAAUGUAAGUGCUCCAUUUGUUCUAGCACUGCAAACAAAAACGACCAAUUGUUAGACCCAAAGUGUCAAGCUUCAAACUUUUCAUUUUUCUCUGUGUUUGUGUUUUUUGUUUAUUUUUGCGAAUUCACUGUUGUGUCUUGACCAACGUUGAUAUACAAUCUCUGCAACACAGCGAGCAGAGCUCUGCCAGGGACUCGGCACCCUUACAAUCUAUCUCUCUAGAAAAUUCUCCAUUCAUCUGGAGUUUUGGAAGAGAAGAGAAGAGAUUUCAAGGAUAGGUUUGGUGUUACAGAACUUUCUGAUGAAGAGAAAGAGCUGUUCAGUAAACAGGGCUUUGGUGAAACCCAUUUGCGUCAAAUAAUUAACCCAAUCGGUAAUCUUUGUAAAAGGCCACAACUAUCCAGGUCAGUGUCAUUAACUAUAAACUCAGAUGAUUAGAUGAGCAAAUGAGAAGAAUGAUGUAGCAUGCUGUUCCACACAGAAAGGCAUGUGGUUUCUACUGAGGGAUCUAGAAUACUAGCUGUUCUGCGAGGCCCACUUCAUAGUGUACUGUAUAUCAUCUCCCCGUGCUCUCUAAUGGUGGAUUUGAUAGGGAUUGUGGAUUUGAUAGGGAUUGGGCAGGGUUAUGGAUUUAAUCCACCCUCCAGGUCCCCUAUUAAUUAAGAGGGGGAUGAAUCCCUGGAGGUAAUCUCCUUGACGAGAGAGACUCGGCAGUCUGAGAUAAGAUGCGGAGAGGACUCUCUCCCAGCGGGUAUAUCUCCUCAACCCCCUUGCCUCUGGCAAAGGAUGAGCUCACUAUGCCUUAAAGGUAGUGAAGGGAGCAGAGGAUAGGAAGAGAGGAGCCAAUAGGAGGGGAAAGGAGAUGGAUGCUGAAUGGGUCAGGGAUGAUUUUGGGGUAUGGGAGGAUCGUGAACUGCUGCCGGCUCUUCAAGAUUAGUCUGGCCUCUAAAUCUUUCCACUGGGGUUUGUGACCCAAGCUGACAUCUGACCCUGCUGUACUACCUGCAGGUCUUAGAGAGGCAGGGAAGGAUGUGGUAGAGGAUGCAGUUACUGUAUCCCUUAAGAGGGUCAGUGAUUUUUGCCCUGGGGUUGCUGGAGCACGGAGAAGAAAACAAACAUUUAUAGAAACCGAUGGGUGGAUAAUGUAAUGAGUUGUCCUAAUAGAAUGACCAUAGGUCAGUCUUGAACGGAUUCUAAUCCUAUAUCUUUGCUUUGAGGCAACUUCCAGCCCGUGUCAAAGAAACAGAGAGCAAUGUUCUUGAUUCCCAGCUCACCUCUCGCCUAGAGACAGCAGGAGGAAAUAGAAUGUCCACCAUGCGAAGCAGUUUCCUCCAGGAUAAGGUCUUAUCUUUCAACUGUCUCAUUGCUCCUCCAUAUCAUUAUGUAGGAGCUCAGUGCACAAACUACAGAAACCACCUUUCCGGUUUAUCUAAAAACAAAAACAUGUUGUACAUAAAUCUUCUUUUACACAUUAUGAAGUUAUGUUGUUUUACAUAUUGUUUUUCUUUUUUGUUAAUCUUAUCAGUUUUGUUGAGUGAUUACUUGCAGGCUUCAACCAUCCACAAAAGCCAUGUGACUCAUAGAAGCUUGAAGAAAAUGGCAGGUCUUGUUUGCUGUUGGUUUAUUUUCUUCAAGAUUAGCUUCUUUAUGAAGUCACACGACAUCCCACUUCAACACUAAACUUGUACAAUCUAAACACAUUUUGCCCUCUUGGCCAUACCUCUGUGUCUGUGUUCAUAUAUGAUUCCUCCUAGCUGUACUGCUCCCCCUCUGGCAGUUGAGACAGAGCAGCAGGCCACCCUGCAUUCAUACACUCCUGGUUUAUGAAUCCCUUACAUCUUUCUCCUCUCUGUCAGACAGAUACUUGCCUGGGGCCACAACAGACCAGGGGAGGCCCUGCUUUUUAAAAGGCUCACAUCAGACAACUGUCAUACCAACACCAUAGUAGUGUCACUGCUACAGUACUAUCAUGUCUGCCGUUGGUGAAUGUUCAGUCAUAGUAUACAACACGAGGACCACAACUCAUUAGUCCAAUCAAACAUGACCUCCUUAGAGAAGGGAUUAAAGUGCACUGGGAGGCUGUAGAUAAAUUCAACAUUAAUGUUUCAGUUUGCAAACAUACAAUUGAGUUAAAUUUUUUAGGUGAAAUACAUUGAAAAUACCUUGAAUACAUGCUGAGGGGGUGGGAGGACUGUUCUGUUGUUCUGGGCCCUACAGAGACCUAGAACAGAACUGGUUUCCUGCCUCGGUAUGUGGCCUGACAGCCUGACACAGGGUGACGUGGAGGUACUGACAGUGGAGACACCAGUGGAGAGGAAAGUCACAACAUUUUUCAACCAGGACCAUGAAACAAAUUGACAGUAUCUCGAAUUUAGUUGUCCCAGUGCUGCUCAAGGGUGAGUGUACAUAAUGUAGUAUUUGCUUGAAGCUAAACAGACCAGUUAGGCAAAAUGUAACUGUACAAUUGGAGCUUUUUUGCAUGUGUCUUUUUAUAAUGGACAGAAGAAUUCUAUAACAGUAAUGAUAAAGACCAUUUUAAAUGGUGUAGCAGCCCGCAUGACCGAGGCUGGGCUCCAGAAGGACUUCUGGUGUGUAUCAUACUCACAUAAACUCAAGUGGAAAAAAUAAAAUAAAAAAUCGACUUAAAAAAGAACAAUUGCACAGUUAUAAAGUUAAAAAGACUUUUUGUAAACUGUCAACAGCACAAAUAUUUUGUAUUGUUGUUUGUACCAUUUUCUAUAAAAACAGAAAAAAUUGAGCAAAAAAGGGAAAGAGUCUGUUGUUUUAAGCGUGUGUUUCUAGUGCCACUGCAAUCUUGGUUUCCAAAUACAGUACAGUACAUACGCAGCCUUGCAGAUAAACCUUGUAAUAUAGAAGCUGAGCUGGCUUCUCCCUGUCAGCCACCCUGUGUUAUAAAUAAAGUUUC